AUGAAUCGAAUUAGCACUCAAAUUCGCUCAUGGGCCUCGAUGCGCCCAUCGUUACUCACAUGCAGCUGCAACACGUCCACAAACGCCAUCUACUCCACCUCCUCGUCGACCUUACUCAGCCGUCGUUCCCUAUCCAGCUCCUCAGCAUUUCGGUCGACCUCCAACAAUGCAUCACCCUAUGUCUACACUUCGUUACCCACUCGCUCUUUGCUCCGUAUCGGUGGAGAAGACGUCGACAAGUUCUUGCAGGGUUUGAUUACGAAUGACGUCGCUCGGUUGAGGAGCAGGCCAACGCAUGCGUUGUAUGCGGGCGUACUCAAGGCCGAUGUAGGGCACCUUGUCACGAAACAUAUUUGUACCGUUCCAAUUGCUUACGUUAUGACCACGCCACAGGGUCGAGCACUACACGACCUCUUCAUCUACCCCUCCCCCACUCCUUCACCGAGCUCGACCUACCUCCUCGAUCACCCGACCGAAGUCUCCGACUCGUUCCGCAAGUACCUCAAAAGACACAUUCUAAGAUCCAAAGUCAAGUUGGCUCCAACGGCAUCGACGGCGGAACAAGUCCAGGUUGCCUGGAAGCCGAGAAAGGGUGAGGAUGCUGCGCCCGAUUCGGAGAUGGAUCGGCUAGCUUUAGAAGCGGAGGAGUGGUUGCAGGCGAAUAAGGCGCUGCGAGAUCCGAGGGAUAGUUCGAUGGGUUGGAGAUGGGUUGCAGAACAGGGUAAUACCGAUCAAGGUGAGUACUUUGUGAUGGGGAAAAUGUUUUCUCUUCUCGCGUCGAGUGCUCACUCCCUCCCUCGAUCUCCAAAGUAGUUCCACCUCCCAAGCUUUUCCAACAAGUCACCCCACCCUAUCACCACCUCCACCGUUUACUACUUGGAAUACCCGAGGGGCAAGCCGAUCUCGCCUCGCUACCUCUCGAAGGCAAUCUCGACUUUCUCGGCGCGAUCGACUUCAAAAAGGGUUGCUAUGUCGGCCAAGAGUUGACGGCGCGAACGCACCACAGAGGAGUGGUGAGGAAACGACAGGUGCCCGUACGGUUGUUCCGAGAAGGCGAAGAGUGAGUUCGGGUUCUCUUCGUCCACUCAGUCUCUUGAUCGAUCACUGACGAGAACAUAUGAACACCAUCCAGCGUUCCCGAGGAACUGUACCCGACCCAUUCGACCCUCAAACCCUACCCCGAACUAUUCCCCCUCCCACCUCCAGGUUCUUCCCUAACUCCGCCUUCCGUAAUAGGCACCAAAGCUGCCUCCCGGCACACAGGUCGUCUUCACUCGACCCUCCCCAUCGUCACUUCCUCCGGCUCGUCAUUCGCAUUAGGACUCGCCACCAUCCGCAUGGACAAACUCUCCCCCGAUGCACAAGAUGGUGGAGUGUUCGUGGUAAAGGCGGAAUUGAAGGAAGGGGAAGAACAAGGAUGGGGCGCGGGGAGAGUGAGAUGGAAGGUGAGAGGUGGUUCGCGAAGGCUUUUUUGGAGGAGGGGGGUUGGUUGA